UGUUGUGGCAAGCGGUACUAUAUUGUACCGUUAGUCGAGGCGCGUGGCCGCGAGAGUGCCGUCGACAGAGUGCCGGACGGAGCAACCCCUCCUCUCGCGAUUUCCUGGCGGUGGAGGAAGGAGUCGGGAGCGGGAGUGAUUUGGUGUUCGGAGGUACAUGGAGGGGAUCCCGCACCUUGGUGGGGAUGCGUCGCGUGCGUGGUGGGCACUCGCCCGGCGGCAAGGAGUCGGAAGGGGUGAAUCACCUUUUGCGAACUGCUGACGCUCGACCAUGAUCAAAACUUCGAAAACUUUUAUUAAAAUCCUUGUACUUUGUAUUCUUUUAUUGCGUAACUAAAUAUUCGAAGAACGGCCAUUUUUGUUACAAGUCUUUAUGCUGCCCAUUUUAUUCACCUUUGUAUUCUUUUGUCAUCUAUUAGAUCACCAUUGUGUCCAAAAUGUUUUGUUUAUUAAAUCUAACAAAGUAUUAUACUGCUACGCAAAUCUACGGUUACUCUGGAAACAGUAGUAACUGUAUCGAGGUCAUUGACACUGCCAUGUAGGUUCUUUAGACCUUAAAACUUUCUACUAAGUGUUGCUUGACUUGCUUGAGAAAAUAUUCUUCAUUAUCGAAUAAUGAAGACCGAAAAACGUUUAGCAACCGCAUGAAAAAUGCGCAUUUUCGCAUGCAUGAAACUAAUAAUAGCGUCAAGUUACCCAACGAGCAAGGCACUCACUGAACCGGAGCCACACCUUGUAUGUCUUGUGAAAGUUCAGUAAAGAGAAAGUGAGUAUCAUGUUAGACACACGCACACAGUACGAGAGUGUACCGCGUAUAGCAAACUCGCCUGUCGACUAAACUUUCUUUAACCCACUUUCUUAGUUUCUCGUUGAAUAAAUUUUAGUGUAGUGUCGCGUUUGGUGGCCGGUAGUGGUAUGCCGUAGCCCUACCAUCACCAUCCCAGCAGUCCAGACCCCAGUGGUGGGAUAGUGGGACGUGGGGGUCGAUUUAAGUGGGACAGUGAUUUUUCCGCGCGGCGGCGGCGGCGAUAUGUGCGACAUGCAGAAAAUGCCUACCAGAGAUGAUGCUUCUUGUGACGAAGACUCGGAGAUGAAUUUCGCAGCAUUCUCCACAGCGAAUGCUGCGGGGACACACUUUGUGACCACCACCGGGCAGCUGCCGGUGACAAAGCUGCAGCAAAAUGUCGCCAGCAAUGGAAGCACUUUGCAACAGGUGGUGGGUAUGGUGGGCAACGACGGUGGAGUGCAGUACGUGCGCGCGGACGGGCUGCAGGCCACGCCGCAGCUCAUCACGCUGCCUAUUUCACUGCCCGGAGCCAAGCCGGGCGACCCGCAGCCCACGGUGCAGAUCCAGGUGCUGAGCCCCAACAUCCUGCAGCAGCAGCAGCCCAAGUACCAGAUGCAGAUCCCCAUCCAGGGCUUCCAACAAGGCGGCGCGGUGCUGACGGUGGCGUACUCGCCCGACAACAGCGACGGGCUGCAGGUGCUCGGCAACACGCUGCCGGAAGGCCUGCAGGUGUUGGCGGCGCUGCCGCAAGACAUGCAGCUGGUCCAACAGAUGCAGGACAACAAGGAGCAGAUCCAGCAGGCCAUCCAACACCAGGUGUUCAUAACCCCGAACCAGCAGAUAGUGAUCAACGGCCCUGAGGACACCAAACUGAACAACAACAACACCAUCACCAACAACAACCAGGGCGUCACCAACAUCGUCAUCAAGGAGGAGUGCGAUGACAACGCCAAUGAUGACGAGAGCUCACAAGGCACGGAGUCCAGUGAAAACAUGCAGUGGCAAAUCAGCAGCUCGCAGCAGGACCUCAUCAAGUACCUCAACCAGUUCCAGCCACAGCAGCAACCGACGCUGCCGGUGUCGCUGCAGCAGUUCCUGCGCAUCAACCCGGCGGCGGCGGACGGCAAGAAGGAGCCCGGCGUGGAGAUCGAGGUGCUGCCCAUGGACCACGACAAGGAGCCGCUGGCGGAGGCCGUCGUCGGAGAAGACGGCUCCCUAAGAAUACAGCCGAAAAAGAAGAAAAAGUACAAAAAGAAAGCGCCGAAACCCGCACGACCAAAACCAGGACAAGUGGUGAUCGCCAACGCGGCCGACGGCUCUCCCAUCUACUGCUGCCCGCAGUGCCAGAUGGCCUACCCCGAGAAGGAACAGCUGGAGAUGCACCUGUCGGUCCAUGAGAUUGAGAGGCGGUUUAUCUGUGGCAUCUGCGGGGCUGGUUUGAAACGCAAGGAGCACUUGGAGCGACACAAGCUGGGCCACAACCCCGAGCGACCCUACGUGUGCGGCGUGUGCCGCAAGGGCUUCAAGCGGCGCGAGCACCUCAACCUGCACACCGUCAUACACUCCGGCGUCAAGACCGAAGUGUGCCCCGAGUGCGGCAAGGGUUUCUACCGCAAGGACCACCUGCGCAAGCACAUGCGCUCGCACGAGAGCAAGCGCCUGCGCGACGACGCGGCCGAGGGCGCGGGCGCGGGCGCGGGCGUCACCGUGGCGCCUGCGCCCUGCGCGUCCCCGGCGCCCGGCAACAACACUAUCCUGCCCGAGAUCACCAUACACGUGCCAACGAGCGCGAACAUGCAAGUGCCGGUGCAGAUCAACAUCCCGCAGCACGUGGUGUCGUCGCUGCAGGCCGCGGCCGACACGCACGCCGCGCAGGCGCAGCUCGACGCGCUGCUCGCGCAGGCGCACGCGCACGCGCACGCGCACUCGUGACCAAGCUCCGCCGGGUAACACCCGCCGCACACAUAAACUAGGCGAACGUAUUAACACCGCAGGGUAACACCCACCCACAACGUAAUGGAGUGGCCGAACGCAUUAACACUUCAGAGGGUAAAAUCCACCAUUCCUGACAUAAUGGAAUAACUGAGUGUAGACUUAUAUUGAUCGGUCAAUAUAAGUCUAAUGAAAAUACCGUGAAUCAUUCAAACCUCUUAUAGCUGAGUGUGUCAAUCGAUCAGCUACCGCUGGAUAACACCCACCCUCAACAUAAUGGAGUAGCCGAGCGUAUCAACCGACUAAGCUCCACUAGGUAACAUCUACCCACAAUGUAAUGGAUUAGCCGAGUGUAUAAACCGACCAAGCUCGGAGUAACAACACCCCACCCACCAAAUAAUAGGCCGAGCGUAUCAACCGACCAACUCAAGAAAGAAAAACAAAAUCCGCUCUUUUACGCCUUCUAAUAUUUUUUUCCGGUCGCAUUCAUUGGUUACUAAAAAGUGGGAAUUACACAAGGUAGCACUCGUGACACUACUGAGGCAAUCCCGGACGUAAUGGAGAAGAUGAGUGUAUUAGAUAACCCACCACGUAGCUAUGGCAAUCAACCCAAAAAUAACGGGCUAGGUGAGCACAGCAAACUGUAGUAGAUAUUAACCACCACUCGCCCAGUAUAAUGCAGUAGAGGAACGUGUUACAGCAAAUUCCCGUAGAUGAGACGGGGACGUAUUAACAGGCUAUAAUAACUAAGUGAGCCAACCCGUGCAGAUACAGGCGCAGGUUACUACAAUGAUGUUGAUAGCAGUUUAACGGCAUAUCUAUACACGAGUGCCUUAGUAAAUAGGUGCAAAAAAUCUGCAGCAAGAUAGACGUAUAGCUAGCGGGAUGAAAAUUUACAUCUAUGUGAUAACAUUAACAACCAGAAAGGCGAGCUGUGUCGUCGAAGUAUUAACACAGUUUUCUGAAUGCUGUAUGCAGACACUAUUAAACUUAUCGUACCUGUUGGGCAGCUAAGAAUAACAAACACUCGGGUACUCGUUACACAUAUUGCUAUUUUUCAAGCUGUAAUUUUUCCCACACCUAUUUUAUUUUAAGUGGUAGGGGAAAAUGGUUUAUAUGGAAAAUCGGUCACAGGGUGAGGCGCCCGUCUCGGUGAGAUUGCCUUUGUAUUAAAAUUAGGAUAAAUUAAUUUUACUUUGACAUAUCUGUAAAUCAGUAUGAACUUUUUACAUGACACCAAUUUUACACUUUUGUAUCUUAUACAUCUCGAUCGAUCAGAUAGAUUAUGUUAAGGUUCUACUUAAUUAAUUAAAUUUAUACAUAUACGACAUAUACACUGUCAGAAAUAUC